AUGAGCACUGGGCAUGCACAGGAUGCCGCAGUGAUGCCAGUAAUUUUGUCUAGCACUGCUUCCCCUGAAAUCGAAACCAUGAUUGACACACCAGCAUUCCUCAACUCAGCCACCGACAGCCAACGUAAAGAAUAUAUUGAGCUAGAAGGAAACCCAAAUUUGACAAUGGAAAUGAAACAAAAGGCUCUGACGAACUGGGCAUUAAGAUGCGGAAAUCCGGUGAAUGGACUAUACACUCAGUACAUGGCUGAAAAACAAACAUUGCAAGAGCAAGAGGACCAGAGGAUGUCGGUGAUUGUCGCUCAGCUAUCACCAGAAGCGCAGCAAGCUGAUAAGCAUGUUAGGGGAAUCACCAGCAACCUGAAUCAAACGAAGAAAGAAAUGGAUACAAAUGUGGCAAAACAACUAAAGAAGCUUCCCAAAAAAGUUUAUUAUGAGCUUACAUUUGCCACUCAAUAA